GAUCUCCGUUGUCUCCACAAAACCCGGACACUAGUGUUCACAGCUCCAGCCCUCUCUGUCCUAUAUAUAGUGUUGGCCCACGCUACAAUGCCAUCUGUAACUGGACUCCGUGUAUUAAGUCACUGCAUGCUGAAUGUCAUCUGCCAGAAGUAGAGGCGCUGCACUCUGACUCCCUCUCUCUCUGAGAGCCUGGCCUUCAUGGAGUCUGCACUGGUGGAACCGAGAACCUUUAGGCCCGCUAACCUCUUAGGGGUGCCGGGCCCGGGCUUCAGAACGCUGGACUCAGACGAAGAUUACUGGGAGGAGGUCAUCGGCAUCAGGCCCAAGUCCUCCCCUCUCCCGCGGAGAAAGUCGUCCUCGUCCGAGGACGAGUGUGACGAGGUCCAGCGGGAACCCCCGUUGCCGGGCACCCGGAGGGUGAGCUUCGCGGACGCCAAGGGUCUCCGUUUGGAGCUGGUCAAGGAAUUCGACAGCCGGGACUUCCCUAAGCCCCCGGGCUAUGACGAGAGGCAGGCGGAAGGGCAAGAGGUGGAGCGAUACUCCUACGACCUGUCCUUCCCCAGCCCUCUCCCCGGCGCUCUGGAGGAGCUGGGAAAGAGGGUGAGGGAACAGAAGAUAGAGCUGGAGUCCAUCGAGCUCCUCCCCGGGACCACGGCCCUGAGAGGGGUGGCGCGCGUCCUCAACGUCUCCUUCGACAAGACGGUGUUUGUCCGCACGAGCUUAGACGCCUGGGCCAGCCACUUUGACCUGCUGGCGGAGUACAUGGAAGGCUCCGGCGAUGGAGUGACAGACUGUUUUUCAUUCAAGCUGACCCUGGUUCCGCCGUUCGACGAGCUGGGGGCCAGGGUGGACUUCUGCCUGCGAUACGAGACUCUGGUGGGGACCUUCUGGGCCAACAACGACGCCAAGAACUAUGUGCUGUUCUGCCACCAGAGAGAGAAAGAAGAGGAAAGUAGGCUGCAGGAAGAAUGUGUGUGCAGAAAAAGUUGUCUUAAGGCCGCAAGACAACACUUCACCACUGUUGACAAUUCAUCGUUGGAGGACAAAGUGCAAUCAAUAGAAAAAACUAUUCCAGUUGUGUCGAAACAUGUAGGUGUCACUCAAGUUCCUGACUCCCAUUCAGCCACCGCAGAGGAGGAGGGUCAAAAGUUAAAGAUGGAGAGCAGCCAGAAGAAGGCCAGCAGAAAGAGUCGACGCAGGGCAGCACGGCAGGCAAAGCUGAAGGACCUCUUCUCUACGAAAGAUCCCAAACCAGAUCAGGCUCACGAUAAGGAAGCGUCGCCUUUGGAGCCACCAUCAGACAGUACGAAGCAGGGCGAACCCCUGGGGAAAUCGUUUUUGGGCUCUCCGUCGUGUUCCGAAGGCUCUUCCGCCGAUCCAAAAGGUGACAUCUCACCAGCACAGAGCGGAGAAUCUUCCGAGGCAGAAAAAUCAGAGAGCAUCGAUACUGUCCAUCCUCUGAGUGCAAAAAGGAGCGAGGUGACAGCAGCGACACAUGCCAGACAACCACAUUUAGAGGAGAAACUGGAACAGAAGCAGCAUUCUGCUGCAUUUAUAACAGGGGAAAAUGGACAUAGGCCAUUGCAGAGUAUGAGACGAAGAGAUGAUAGAGUCUGUAUUGUCCACAACACAGGAGAGGAAUCACAUAGCGAUGUCCGUUUGACAGAGCACCCAGAAGGCCCUGUUAACGCACCCGGUAGCUUUACGUUCGGGACCGUGCUGGCUCCCCUCUACCCCCUGGUGUGUGGCCAGCUGAAAAGUGAGGAUCGCAUCCUGGCUGAUCAAUUGAAAUCAUUGAGAGGACCUUCACAGAUGGGAGCCUCAAUGGAGAACAGCAUGUUGACGGAUUCGACUAAAAACGACGAGGAGUCUUCUGGGAUCCGCCCAGAUCCGUUCAAGCCUCCUCUGAAUGAUACCGAUAGAACUGUUCCGAUAGAGGGAAAAUUGUGUGUAAGCGUGGUUGCAGACUCAAGCACAAACCCUACAGAUGUCGACUGUCAGGAAUCAGAGCAUGAAUGCACAGAGGCACCAAAUUAUCCCCAGCCGACCACGGAUGAAGACAUGACUCCUUCAGAUGAAAACAAUGAGAAGUCGAACGCAUGCACCACCAGAGCGGGUUUAAAUCACCAGGGGAACGCUGACGAAGGCCCUCAGGCCCUUGGGUGUCAACUGCAGAUUCUGUAUGAAAAGCAAAUAAUGGAAGAUACAGCAGAGGCUGAAACAGAAGCAGAGGAAGUGUUUUCAUAUAUUCAGACGCAAUUGAACCCAUCGCAGCCACCUUCACAACCGAAAGUCCUGCAGGAAACCAGUCAUCGCGCGCCACUGCCGCACUUGCCUCCGUUGGUGUCAGCGUGUGAAAACAAAGCGCUGGAGCAACAGCUCUGCUGUGAGGUGGCGGCGGUAGACUUCAUUUGCACAGGCGAGUCGAAUGAACAGGAUGGUGUUCCGCCCACUGAGGCUGUGUCAACAACUCCUGUGUACCCGGAACAGGGCAGAGAAAGAGAGCAACUGGAGGAGCUGGAUCCUAAAUGUUUUAUGCGUCCUGUUACGUUUGAGGCCGCUGAUAUAUCGGUCGGGGAUAAAAGUAUCCCAGAGUUGGAAGCUGGGCAUGGAGGUUCUGCUAUCGAUCUCAGCCAAGAGACCCUGAAAGCAUCACUGGAGGAUGGUGAAGAACCGGACAACGGAGGAAAUGAAUCAACAAACAAUAUAGAGGAAGGGGAUAUAACCCCUACAGUUGAACAUGAGGACAGUGUGGAUGUAUCUGAGUUUAUCAAAGUGAAUAAAACCCCUUGUACACACCCAGACAUGUUGGCUGAAGAAAUUGGACUAACUCUGGUAGAAGAAACUGUUUUUAUGCAAUCAGAGGCUGAACGCUGCGUAAGUGAAGACGCAGCCACAAAAAAGGACUACCUCAGGCCAGAUGAAGAGAAAGCCGAGGACAGAAACUGGGAAAUGAUGGUCAAAGAAGAGGAAAACAAUGCAUUAGGCAAAGAGGUCAUGAGGAAAGAGGUUGACGAAAAUGGUGAGAGAGACAACGACAAGCUGAAAGAAAAGCAAACGAUCACAGAGCAACAACCUUUGGAGAAUGCGGUGGGCUGUGAAAAGAGAGAGCCAACUAAUACAGGGUCUGAUGGACAAAAAAGUUUUGAUUUGACAGAAGUGAAAAGUCAAGUUGAAGUUGAAACUGUGAAGGAACCCCUCGUUUUGGAGGAACAGGAAGUGGAAGAGGAAAAGGUUGAGAAAGAUGUUGAUCAUGACACAGAUAACCAGCAGGAAAUAAGGAGCAAAGAGAAGGAAAACCUAGCUGAAACCGACAUAGAAACUCAGGUAGAAGUAGAAGCUCAGGCAGAGCGAAUUUCAGCCACUGAGGAGGUUCAUGGAGCAGGGAAAGGAGGGGUGGCGGUGGAGACGGUUGAGGAGAUUGUGGUCGGAACAGCGAAAGAAGAGAGAAACGAAGAGACGGAGAGGCCAGAGAUGGGGUCACACGCUGGUCAAAGGCAAGUGGAGAGCGAUCCAUCUACGCCAGUGAGCAAUGUGCAUGAGUGUGAGGUAGAAAGGGUAAUAGACAAAGAAAACUCCCCGAAAAAUGAAACCACAAAUCUCCAGACUGAAAUGGAGUUUAUCUCAGAAGAAGAGGUGCGAAGCAUCACUUACAGGUUACACCUUGCAAGCGGCCAAUCAAAAGCACUUUCUGAAUCGUCCCGAUGUGGAAGUGAUUCGUGGGCCGCAGACAAAGGGUCACGCGCCUCGACCGACGAGCCGGAAUGGGAUGUAACGGCCGAGGAGCGGGAGGUGGACAGCAACUCCAGUGACUCUCCGUCGGAUGAAGAGAUGGAGUUGUACAUGCACCGCCUGCGGGCAGCGCCAUCCCCCCAAACGUUCAGAAGCUUCCCCAGAGAUCGUGGCUCACGUACGGGUAAAAGACUCUCGAUAGACGGACCAAAGCUCCUGUCUUCGUCCAUGCCAUCCAUCAGUGAAUCUGUGAAUGAGGAACAGCUCACAAAGAUCCCGGACAAGCCAGAAAAGAAGGAAGUAGAGAACUUCCAGGCCGACUCUGGACAAUUUCCAACACAGGACAAUCAGGAAUAUGGAGGCGUAAACACUGCCCAGUGGACGUCCAAAUUAUCUUGCAGUAAUAUCUUAAAGGCACUUUUAUGCAUCACCAUGUGUGCUUUAUUUGUAGUUGUCGGAUACCAUUAUGAUUUCCUUGCGUGUUUUGCUCUUUACUUGUUGUCCAUAUUUUGGCUGUAUUGCCGAGCAGACAGUCAGUCGGAAACAACAAUGUUCUAAACUAGAUUAUAGGGUGCAACAUGAAGAUAUAAUUUUUAUCAGAGGUCAUACAUAUAUAUUCUGAGCUUAUCGGCGAAACAAUGAAUUUUACAAAGGUCAGAUCACUACUGUAGAGCUGUGUUUGUUUACAUCCCUAUGUUAAAGCUGCAGUAGGUAUGAUUUUUUUCUUGGAGUGUAGACACAUCCCCAUCCACAAUCCCUCACAGUACAUUGUACAAUACAUUUCCUUCACCCGUUAAGCAGCCGUGCAGGGUUAUUCCAUUCUAACGUUUCACAACGAGGCUCCGCCUAUUUUGUUUAUGUUACAUACUGCAGCUUUAAUCACUGACUUUCAUUUAAUAACUUUUUCAUAAUCCAUGAAUAUAAAAAGAAGCCUAAUCCUGAUCAUGAUUUACGUAAGAUAUAUUUCACUUCGUGUAUACCUGAUUACUUCAAUUUAACUUUGAAUUUAACUUUGAGGCUUUGAUCUGGAAGUGAAUGUCCAACAGGUUAUUUUAACGUGCUAUAUAUUCCCUGUGGAAAAACAUGAAUCCAUGCAAUUUUGUCAAAAUGCAGUUUGUUAAAAUCAUGACACAUAACUCAUACCCCUUCUGUAGUUAGCAUAGCAAUUAGUGGUAUGAUGAACCGUAAAGGUAAUUCCUGUGUCAACAAAGCAAACACUGUGGACCAUUUUGAAAUUAUCAGCAUAACAGAGUUGGGUACAAUGCAAUGUAAAUGGAGAUGUAUAGAUAUAUAUAGAUGUACUAGUAUAUGAGAUUGUAUCUCCCUAGUUUAUAUAUAUAUAGAUUUAUAUGUAUCUAUAUAUAUACAAUUAUUUAUGUAAGUCUUUGUUUUAAUAUCUACAUUAUGAAUAAAUGCUACAAAAAAGAUUUGUGCUACAAAUAUACCUACAACAAAGAAACACAAGAUAAGCUAAUGAUGGAAAGGGGAAAUCCAGGUUUAGCUAAUUAAACCACAUACGCCAAUAAUCUGUGUGACCAUUGUCAUAAAGACAGGUACGUUCCGCCACUAUCAAGCAAAUGGUACAUGUAGUUAACAAAUUCAUUUUAUUAUUGUUUACGGCAAAUAACAGUUCAAUAGAGUAUUGGCAAAAAGUUUUUUCAUGGCAUUUUGUGCUCUGUGUUUAUUUGUGGUUGUGAGGAAGCUAAACCACCACAUUUUUAAUAUUCUCUAUUAUGUUGGCUUUCUGGAUAAAAUAGUCAGGAAACUAGGAAUAUAUAUAUAUUUUAAACCCUCAACUACCUCAAUCCUUAUUCCUUCCCUGGGAAAUAAUUGGACAGAAAGAAAGCAAGAAUAAGCGGGUUUCCAUCACAAACUUUGGAUCUUAGCCAAGUAUGUGCAUUUCUGGCAUCCCUUUUCAGGCUUGGAAGAAGUGUAAUAUUGAUAUAUAUCUAAGCUGUUUCAUAUACAUAAGCAAUUUACCUUGAAUGACCCCACAAGAUUCAAGGCAUCUCAAAGAAUGUCCCUUGAAAUAAACAAUGUUUGUUGCGAUUUAGAUCCUUUGUUUUAUAUAUUUUUGUUCAAAUUAAUUUACAAUGAUAUGGGCUGCAGCUGGACUGCUGGAAAAAGAUCUGUAGUCUCUAGGGACCUCCAACCAAUUCUGGAAAGAAUCAUCACUCCCACAAGUCAACUAAAGUAUGCAAACAAAUUUUAAAUAAAAUGGCUAUUUCGAGCAACAUCAAGUGAAAAACAUGUUUUUCAGUC